GAAAUAGUGUACUCUUUAGUUUAAAUCCUUAGUGACAAGUCUAGAUCUAUAAACAACAUGGCUGCGAUGGUUCGCUUAGUUGGUGAAAUAAAUACAUUAAUUUCUGAAGUUUAUGACGAGAAAAAUGAGGCUGAGAGAUGUCGUCAUACUGAAUACACUGCAGCGGUUAAAAUACAAUCAUGGUUCAGAGGGACUCGUGUCAGAGCUUAUUUAAGAUAUUUAAGCAAAUGUGCAACAACCAUUCAAAAACAUUGGCGUGGAGUUUUAAGCAGAAAAUAUUGCAGAGGUCUUGUGAAGAACUCAUUACUUGUUUUGAAGUUGAAUCAUUACAACUUACUGGCUACAAAGAUUCAGAGAUCGUGGAGAGGUUACUAUGCUAGAAAAUAUGUGUUCAAUUAUUACAGUCGAAAGAAAUAUUUGGAAGCUUUGCACAUUAAGAAUGAGCUGAUCAGGUCAGAAUUAGCUGACUUCUCAGAACAUCAGCUAGCAGCCAGAACAAGAGAAGAGGAGAAAAAUGAACGUCAAAGAAGACAGUAUGAAGCAAGAAGACAUCACUAUCUGGUCAGCACAGUGGUUCAACCUGGAAUAUAUAACUCUCCAUUCUUACCAUAUCCAAGUGAAACAGAAUAUUUGCUACGCAAUGUUCAACCACUAGAGCACAAAAAGAAAAGAAAGAAUUAUUGUAAUUUUGAUCCAGCCUGUCUAAGCUACAACUCCCAAGUACCAAAAACACUUCCACCACUUGCUCCGAAACCACAAGGACCAUUUAGGGAGCCAAAAGAAGUGCAGAAGCAGAGGUAUAAGCCAUUUAAGCCUACUCUCAGAGUUGCCACUGACUUUUUUUCUUUAGAGAAAGCCAGACAGCAGCUGAGAAAUGAAGAAUGGGUCACGCGGCUAAACGAUGAUGUGUUCAAGCCAUUUUCACAUCAUUUUGUGGUCUAUGAACCAUUGCUUCACACAAAAUCCAAGUUUGGACCAAUGAAUUAUGGUACAAAGUAUUUCAGGGAGGAGUUUCCUGACAAAUUCUUAAUUUAUCAGAAUUUCAAGUCACAAGUGCCACCAAUACCCAUAUUUGAUAAGUUCAAUGACACAUACUCAAGGGGAGAAGUAUAAAAUAUGGAUUGGUUUUCUGAGAACAAAACAAAGCAAACUUCACCAAAGCCACUAAAGUCAGAAGUUUAAUAAGUGUCUUUUUUGCUAUGUUGUAUCUUCCAAAAUUAUUCUAUUUUUUAAAAAUUAAUAAUUAUAUCCCCAUUUCAAUGUGAUUUAUUUAGAGUUGGUAUUUUACAUUAGAAUUCUCAAUCAAGCAUAGGAUGUAAUUAUCUUCUCUUUUGAAGUAACGUCCGUAAUCUAUAAGAUAAGAAGCAUUUAACUAAUUCACAAUUUUGAACAUAAAAAAAAAAGCAGAGAAUUAAAGAGAAGAAUUUAAAUUAAUCCUGAUUUUAAAAAUAAAAUAUAGACAAUGCACCUUUCAUUGUGCAACAAAUGAAUUAUUAGAAGAUACAUACUGCACAUAUUGUUGAAAAGAAGAUAUAUGUAAUAUAAACUGGAGAUAUUAUUUAUUUUAUUUCCACAGAUAUUUAUCAGGCAUAAUUAUACAAAUAUUUUAAACUAUGUUAAAACAUGAUGUAAAAAUAGAUUGAAACUAUUGUACAUUGUAAAAUAGGAUUUAUCUUGUAUGAAAAACACCAUUUUUAUUAUUAAUUUAGUUGUUUAUUGUUAUAUUUUUUUUUCUUUUUAAAGUUACUUCUAGUGUAUUGGGCAAUUUAAAGAUAUACCCAAUGUGCAUAAUAAUUUAACUUCUGCCUAAAAAAAUGUUUGAAAUAACAUAAUCUCAAAAGUCAACAUAAACAUCAAUGAAUGCAUUGAA